AUGCUCGAAAUUCCCAAUAGCUCUCGAUCGACCAGCGAGAGGAGGAGUGUUGCUGUCCCGGUCUCACGCCAACAUAUUCUCGACGCUUACCUCGCUGAAAGGGCCAAGUUUGUCGCUCACAUCAAGAAACGCGCUAUCAAGUUUGAGCGAAAGAGCAGAGAGGAUUACAACAGGGCUAAGUGGGGCAAGGAGAAGGCGACGAUGAACAGGCUGGCCGUGUCAAGGGUAGCAGAGGCCUCUCGGUCCUUCGCCACCUCGUCCACCGCCCUCGUCGCCAAGAACAGGAUCGUCAUGAAGACAGAGACCCUGGCCGAGGUGAAGAAGCGUGAAAAGUUGCAGGGGAAGAAAACUCAGGCUCAGAAAGAUGCCGAGUUGAGGAGGCGUUCAGCGAGAAAGGCAGAGAAGGAUGCUUUGGCGGCGUCGAUGCUGUCGACUGAGGAGGCCAUUGCGGUACUACAGGCGGUGGAAGCGGGUCAGCCAAACACCCUAUUUGACCUGUCGUUAACCAUUGGCUCCAAGGGGAGCAUACCGAAUCUUCGUGGAAGGGCGAAUCUACCGUACGAUAUCAAGAAGACUGCCGAUGUGAUCUUGGUCUUUGCGGAGGAUGACACCGAGUCGGCGCGAUUGGCCAAAGAGGCUGGGGUACAGUAUGUCGGUGGAGCAGAUCUGUUUGAGGAGGUCGAAGAGGGCAAGAUUAGGCCUACAAAAGUCUUGUCUACACCGAGCAUGUUGCCCGCAGUGACGAGUCGGCUGGGUCGAUUUCUCGGUCAACGGGGUCUGAUGCCGACAGCGAGGCGAGGCGGUGUGGGUGAGGGAUUAGAAUUGGUCAAGAGGAUACAGGAGGCGAGAGGAGCGACAGAUUGGUUCACCAAUGAAAAGGGGAGGUUGAGGAUCAAUUUCGGAAGGAAUACAUUGCCUCGCGAACACAUCUUGGCGAAUUUUAGAAGCCUCAUCAGUUCAGUAAGGGACACUUUCCCAGUGGCCGGCGCAGGGGACAAUGAUGAUGCGCUGGUAUCGCGCAUCAAGCGGAAGAAGCCGAAAAAGACGACGUGGUUUGAAGAGGUGCACAUGACAUCCUCGAAUGGGCCGAGGAUACGAGUGAGCGACGCGGAUUCAGCGUAG